GUUGCCAUAUAAGCUUCGAAGAAAUUACAGUUAAGUUUUCCUUCACCCAUCACUUUUUGACAAGAAUUUAACAAUUGUUAAAUUUGCAUAAGCAAGUUAAGUUCUGAGCAAUAAACGAUUAUGAGCUCGAAAUUAAAGCCGGAGCAAUUAAGUCCCGGUGAGGAGAUGAUGGCACCAGAAUGCAGUUCCACCAACGGCGAUUGUGGCGCCAAGAACGCCGACGAAAAUGCAUCGAAGGAAGUGGAUGGCACAACAGAGACCAUGUGCGAACCUGACAAGCCAUGGAACAAAGCUGAUUUUAUCACCAAAAUGGCACUCCGCAACCAAGAGACUAAUCCAAAGCCCUUGGAGAACCUUAGCAAUGAGAGCUCCUUAGUGCCGCCAUCCCAAGUGGAAGAUACUGCCAAGGAGGCUGCCACCGAUAAUGUAAUCAAAUCGGAGACAGUUCUUGAGGAACAGGGCCAAGAUGUGGACAAGCUUGUAGAUUUGUCUUCAACUUCCUUGGACUCGUACGAAGUUAUCCUGAGCUCAGAUGAAGGGGAUCGUGAGGAAAUAAAUAAAGGCAAAGGAAGCUACAUAGCCUCAAGUGCUCAAACUGUUAACCCACAACAAGAGCUUAAAUCGAAUCAAGCCGAUCGUUUGCCUAAGAAAAUGGGUGAAGAAGUCUCAAUGGGCUUUGAUUUGCCCAAAACAUCCUCAAAAGGGAAUGAAACAGACGCUAAUAAAGAGCUUAAUAAUACCUUUGGGGGCACCUGUGAGCCAUCAUCUACCUCGGAUGUGGCUCAACCUAAUAAAAAACUCAAUGAAACGCACUCCCAGAGCCUCUACGAGAUGCCAUCUACCUCUAAAGCUGCUUAUUCUUCCACCAAAGAGCGAUUUGGAAUGUCUUUGGAGCCAUCAUCUUCUUCGGAUGUGGCUCAACCUAAUCAAAAACUCAAUGAACCGUACUCCCAGAGCCUCUACGAGCUGCCAUCUACCUCUAAAGCUGCUUAUUCAUCCAGCAAAGGGCAAAUUGGGAACUCUUUGGAGCCAUCGUCUUCCUCGGAUGUGGCUCAACCUUCCCAAGAACACCUCUCAUUGCGCUUUAAGGUUGUAAACACAGAAAUUGAUGAAGAAGUGAGCACGACACGUGAUUUUGAGAAGGAGCAAGCCGACCAGGAGGAAAAGGAGAAGGAUGAGGCGGAGGAUGAGCUUGUGAUGCCGUCCUUUUGGCUGGAUCCCAGGCGUUUACGAUCAGUCCCGCCUGCGAAGAAUGUAACCAAGCCUUCGGAGUCCAGUGUGCCUCUCACUUUCUUUGGCAAGCUGCACAAGAACAGUCCCCUCUCCUAUAUGGGUUACGAGGAGUCUGAAUGCAAUGAAGGGAUUGGAAAGCAGAACGUGGAGAACGUGAAGGCUUGUGAAAAGCCUCAGGGAAAUGAUGAUUCUCCUCCCAAGGAAGCUGCACCACAAACGAAUGUGGUAAAGGAGGUGUCAAAGUCGAUGGACGUGAAGGAAAUGAAGGAUUCUUCUUCAUCUUUGGAAGGGCCUCAGAGCCAAGCUUCUGCUCCUCCACAGGAAAAGAAUUCUCCUUCACAUAGCAAUGAUUCUCCGCCAUCACGCAGCAAUGAUUCAACUUUGAUAAACUUUAACAAGAAUUCAACUUUAACUAACAAUGAUACGCCUACACAUGACAAGGAUUCUCCUGGUUCACCCAUCAAUAAUUCUCAUUUGCAUACAAUAGAUUUUGUCUCUUCAAACGGCAACGAUUCGCAUUCACAGAGCAAGAACUCAGCUCAAUUAUAUUGGAAGGUUUCGCCCACACGAAAUCUGGGUUACCGUCAUUCACAUAGCAAGUAUUCAUCUUCAACUGAUGAAACACAGCAUGCAUUCAACGUGAAGGGAAACAUGGAACUGGCAGAGAUAUCCGAAGUGUAUGACCCCGAAUUUCCCGCAUUGGUCACUUAUCUGCCCACCAAGGAGCUAAAUGCUGACAAUCUUGCCAUGAUUAACGCCAUUCCCACUGCCAGGGUUUGUCACAUAAAUAAAUGGCUUUACAGUCAGUCCUUAAAUGCCAACGAGUACGAGCAGGGGGCUAUGGAGGCUCUGCCCGAGUACUCGUUGAUUAUAUACAGCGAUGAUGAUGAAGAGGAGGAGCCGGAUGAGCAGGAGCAGCAGAAGGAGCAGAAGGCUUUGGAUGCCAUAAUAGAGGGUUUCCAAAAUCUGCAACUUAAGGAAGCCAUACCAGAGUGGUGCUUGACCGACUCUGUGUUUUUGGUGGACAAACCCCUGACUGCCAUCUCUCGGGAUUUCAAGCUGCCGACUAUGCCACUUGAGGAGAUAUGCCCGGUGAAGGAUUACCUUAAGAUUCGCGUAACCCAUGUGUACACCCCCUUUCAGUUUUGGUUCAAUGUGGUGGGUCGUGGAAUGUUUGACACUGCAGCUCUUUUUGAUAUGGAAACGGGCAUGAACAUGUUCUACCAGAAUAACCCGAACUUUUUGAGCGCCGUAAUGCCGAAAUGCUUGAUUAAGGCUAAUAACAUUUGUGCCAUUCGUUUGGAUGGUAUCUGGCGUCGGGCUAGAAUCUUGGCUACUCCACCAUCAGGUGCUAAUAGCGUUUCCAUCUAUUACCUGGACUAUGGCUAUUCCACGGAUGUUUUAGCUGCUGAUUUACGCUAUCUAUCGGAUAUAUUUGGUGUAAUGCCAGAGCUGGCCAUUCGUGGAACCCUCGCUUAUAUUCAUCCAUUGGGUCCGCACUGGUCACCGGAUAGUAUGGAACAAUUCCAGCGUCUUGUCAUCGAUCAGGAGCUUUUCGCUCACAUCAUAGAAUUGGAUUUAGUGGAACGUAUCGUUUUCCUACGUAUUUCAAUGAAUGAGGAGUUUUACCCAUCGAUUAAUAAGAUGCUGGUGGAUGCAAAUCUGGCUGGACGCAGUCAUCAUUAUGAUAUGCAGCAGAUUAAGAGCAAUUUUGGAAUACGCCAUCGCUAUUUGAGGGAGCGUCUGCCCAGCCAUGAAAUGCUGGAGACACGCGUCUAUCCCGUGCUGAACGAUGAAUUCGAGGUGGCAUUCAAUGUCAUCAUCUAUAGUCCCUGCUUUGAGAAAUUCAAGGUGCCACGUAUGAAGAAACGCUAUUCUGCCCUCCGCCAAGCGCUGGUCGCUUGGAUGCCGAUCUAUCGUAAGACUAUGAAGAGCUGGGCCCAUCUCUUCAACGAGGCCAAAGCCAAACGAAGGCUGGCACUGAGCGAGGCUCGUGAGGCUUGGCUUUUGCGCGAGAAGGAAGAAAGGGAGAAGAACAGGCGCAUUGAGGAUCUAAUCGAGAGGGUGGAGAUGUUAAAUGAGCGCGAACCGAAGGAUAAGGGUACAGAAAAGGAGGAGAUAUCCCUUCUAUUACGUAAAGAGGAGGAAGAGAAUGCCCUACAGGCUGCAAAUGAUGAGGGUGAAUCCCCACAGGUUGGGAGCAUGGAGGAUAUUGAUUGAUUUAUAUACUUGAUAUAUAUAUAUAUAUGUACACACAAGGUUUUAGAGACCUUUAACAUUUUUGUUAUCAAAACCAGACAGAGGCAUGUUCCUACCAUUUGUAAACUAUAAGCAUUUAGGGUCUUAACCCAAAAAUACAACAGAGGCUUGUAUAAUGCAUGAUUUCUUUAUAUUUA